AUGAAGCUGAACAUUAAUGUUGGCAAUCAGAGUCUUGUGGACCAGUUUGAGUGGGACAUGUCCGACCCCAACAAUAGUCCCGAAGAUUUUGCUCGAAGCUUAUGUGCUGAAUUGGGACUUGGUGGUGAAUUCACUUCAGCCAUUGCCUAUUCCAUUCGAGGCCAGCUGCAAUGGAAUCAGAGGACAUAUGCGUUCUCUGAAAGUCCCCAACCUACAGUAGAGUGCACCUUUAGGAACCCAUCAGAAGCUGAAACGUGGGGUCCAUUCUUGGAAACCCUCACUGACGCUGAGAUUGAGAAGAAAAUGCGUGAUCAGGAUAGGAACACACGACGGAUGCGUCGUCUUGUUGGCGGCGGAUUCAAUUUCUAA